AUGACGGACGGAGAUUUCACCUCGGGAACGCUCGCUGGUAUCGGAGUCAUCACCGCCGCUUUCGGUGUAUCUGCUUUGGCCGUUCUGCUUCUCCUGUUGCACAUCGGUUAUAGUGCCGCGGUUGACGACCAAGGCGCACGAAAUAAAUCGCCACAGUUCUACUAUGUCAUCAGUCUCUUGGUUUCUGAGCUGGUCCAGGCAGUCGGCGGCAUACUAAACGUUAACUGGAUCUUGCAAAAGAGCGUGGUGGAGGGGUCUUACUGUUCAGCGCAAGGUGCUCUCAAGCAACUUGGCGAUGUGGGUGCUGCUUUGGCAAAUCUGGCGAUUUGCAUCCAUACAUUUGCCGUGAUCGUGUGCGAGUGGCGACCGGAUGCCUCGCGCUCGUCUUUGAUUCCACUUACCGUGGUACCCUCCAUAUGGGUGUUCAUCACCCUUAUCGUCGUCAUUGCAGCGGCGAUCCACCCGGGCUACUACGCCAACACUGGGCUUUGGUGCUGGAUCUCAGAGAAUUACUUCUAUGAACGGCUCUUUUUGGAGUACAUUUGGAUGUGGACGACCGCAUUCCUGAACGUGUUGCUCUAUUUACCCGUCUAUCUCAAGAUUCGCGGUUUCAUCGAAGUCAGAUCCGGGCGAUUAGCGCUCACUCCGAAGGAGGAACGGGUGCAUGUAGCUACCGCCGUGGCCGCGCCUCGACGGAGAAUGGGGAAAUACGCAAUGCGGAUGCUCCUCUACCCCGCGAUCUACAUCUUCGCUAUUUUGCCGAUCGCCGUGGUGCGGUGGAUCAACUUCGUCAAUUCCAUUUCUGUGCCUCUGUGGGCAACGGUACUCGCGGAUGUCUGCUUCGCGUCUUCGGGCCUUCUGAGCGUCCUGCUCUUCCUCAAGACCAGGCCCGCGCUUGUGCGAUGGAACAAGAUGCCGGUCGCGACAAUCGUCGUUUCCAGUUAUGGACCAUCGUACUCCCGUCGAAGCGUGGCCCUCCCCAUGAAUGAAGAAAACUGGGAUGAGGCCCUCGGCGAUAUCAAACUACCGAAUCAUUUUGCACUAUCUUCAACAGAAACUGGCCUCGAUACGAAGAUGAAUGUAUGA